CCAGACUGGCUUGCGCACUGGCCGUGGUCCAGACUGGCUCGCGAUGCGGAACGGAUCGGAGCGGUAUACUGCUAGAGGAGAUGAAGACAAGAGGAGAGGAGGAGAAGAGUACAGCGGAAAAGGUGUACUGGCUCUUUAAGGAACAUUCAAAUCCAUCGGAGUGUCGUAUCAGCCCCUUGAGAGAAUCGAAUCAGUAGCGUUCCUCCUUCAGUUAGAUAGGGACCGUACCUCAGCGAUAGAGACCCGCUACGCAGUUCACUGGUAGAGACGACAACUUUAGACAAAUACAAGUCCAGACGCAUGGGGUAGCGUUAAUAACACAGCUAAUCAUGAGAGACAACUGGAUUCUAAUUAUCAUGCAGUUACUGUUGUUUCCGCUGACAGGUUGGUCCAAUCCCGUCAUCUUCCCCAGCGGACCUCACCUGGUGGUUCCGAAAGGCGGGGCUCUGGAACUCCGCUGCCAUGACAACAACACCAACGCUCCGUCCACUGUUGUCUCAGGGGGGGUGAGGUGGCAGAGAGAGAGGGGCAGGCGGCUGGAGGGGGAGGUAGAGGAGGGAGGAGGGGUAGUGUUUGUUCGGGUGCAGUCUGCCCAGGGAUAUCACAUGGGACGAUACGCCUGUAUCAACAACAACACCAAGGAACACUCCUCCAUCUACGUCUUUGUGAAAGACCCCAAGAGUCCAUUUCAGCGUUCUAUGGUGAACGGCAUUCUGGUCCGCAUCGGGGAGAACCUGACUUUACCAUGCCUGGUCACCGACCCUGAUGUGACCCUCGUGACCUUACAGACCUGUGACUUACAACCUUUACCCUCCGACCUCCGUUACCACUACGACCCCCAGCGCGGCGUCAUCGUCGGCAACGCCAGGAAGGAGUACGAUGGUUGCUACGUAUGCUUGGGCGAGCUGGCAGGUGUCACCGUGAGGUCGAGCCAGUAUACUGUGGACGUACGGCUAGUCCCUGAACAGCCUCCAGUCAUCAGUCUGUCCCAGAGACAGAGGGUGAUCCUGAGGAGAGGAGAGCAGUUUGAGAUCACCUGCAGCUCCUCCAACCUCAACCCUGACUUCAGCAUUAAGUGGGACUUCCCCGUUGGAGCGCGAGCCUUCCAGGCCCACACCUCCCACAUCCUGGCUGGUUCCCGUGGUUACCAACGCUCCGCCUCCCUCUGGAUCACCUCUGUCAACCAAUCAGACGCCGGGACAUACCGGUGCCACGCCCACAACGAGAGGGGCGCCACCGCCGAUACCCUGCACCUGGAUGUCCGUGAGCGAGGCUUCAUCAGUAUGCUGGGUGACUCCCGGCCUAGCCAGUCUGCUGUCAGAGAAGGGGAGAGCCUAAGCCUCAGGGUAGAGUUGGAGUCCUACCCCAGACCCGGCACUCUGUCCUGGGCUUACAACGGCAAGACCCUCCACAACACCACGGAGCACGUCAUCACUGUCCAACGACACAGAUACAGGUACGUCAGUGAACUGCGUUUGGUGAGGGUCCAUGGGUCAGAGGGCGGGAUUUACAGCUUUCAAGCCAAUCAUGAGGAUGCCUCUGUCAAUCAAUCAUUCCCUGUCUAUGUGAACAGUAAGCCUGUCAUAAUUUCCCAGGAGGGACCAGUUGAUGGACAGGUGCGCUGCGUUGCCGCCGGUUACCCGGCCCCUAAAAUCACCUGGUUCUACUGUGAACUCCCCCACACACGGUGUUCCCACCUGACCAACGCCAGCCAAUGGGAGCAGCGGGAGGUUGCCACGGUAACGGUGUCAGACUCGGUCUUCGGCAGCAGCGAGGUGGAGAGCCGACUGAACGUCACGAAGGGAGACACACACACACACUACCACACGUUGGAGUGUGUAGCGACCGUGCAGGGCGAGCAGGCUUACACACUGUUCUCCAUCAGCGAGCGCACCGUGCCCCAUAAGCUCUUCACCCCCCUGCUGACUGGUGUGGUUGUUACAGCUGUAAUACUGAGCAUCACACUGGUGGUUCUCCUCUACAAAUACCUUCAGAAGCCCAAGUUCCAGAUUCAGUGGAAGGUGAUUGACAGUAUCCACGGCAACAACUACAUCUACAUCGACCCCACCCAGCUGCCCUACGACCCCAAGUGGGAAUUUCCCCGGCAGAAACUACGCUUUGGUAAGACUCUGGGUUCAGGGGCCUUUGGUAAGGUGGUGAGAGCUACAGCCUAUGGACUCUGUUCUGCUGAUACCGUCAUGACUGUCGCUGUCAAGAUGCUCAAACCGAGCGCCCACUCCACCGAGAAGGAGGCUCUGAUGUCGGAGUUGAAGGUUCUCAGUUACCUAGGCAACCACGUCAACAUCGUCAACCUGCUGGGAGCUUGCACUGUGGGAGGGCCGACGCUGGUGAUCACAGAGUACUGUUGCUAUGGAGAUCUGCUCAACUUUCUGCGUAGGAAGAGAGAGACGUUCUUCAGCGCCCAGACUGCUGAUGGGUACUACCGCAACAUCAACAACCCCCGAGAACCACAGAGAGAUGGGAACGGUAGCAGUUACAUGCCUAUGCGUUCGUCUGAGGCAGACAGAACAUCCUCCCAGUCAGAUGAUAAGGUGUGUCUGAGUAUAGAUGAGUUGUCUGUGGACACAGAGGAUCUACUGAGCUUCUCCUACCAGGUGGCUAAGGGCAUGGAGUACAUCACCUCUAAGAAUUGUAUCCACAGAGACCUAGCAGCCAGGAACAUUCUGCUGACUCAGGGUAGAGUAGCCAAGAUCUGUGACUUCGGACUGGCCCGAGACAUCACCACCGACUCGAACUACGUCCUCAGAGGCAAUGCCCGUCUCCCAGUGAAGUGGAUGUCUCCAGAGAGUAUCUUUGACGGUGUUUACACCUUGGAGAGUGAUGUCUGGUCAUACGGUAUCCUGCUCUGGGAAAUAUUCUCUUUAGGCAGCAGUCCGUACCCUGGUAUGCAGGUGGGCUCAGCGUUCUACAGGAUGAUCCAGGAAGGACACAGAAUGAACAGACCUGAGGUGGCUCCCAGAGAAAUUUAUGACAUGAUGUUGUCUUGCUGGAGUGAGGACCCUCUGAAGAGACCUUCCUUUAGGAAACUAGUCGAGAGGACUGAACUAAUGCUGUCAGAACACACCAAGAAUGUGUACCUGAACCUGAGCUAUGGAGUCGUUCCUCCAGACCAGCAGAGGGCAGCGUCUCACAGACUGAGCUCAGUGAGCAGCACUACGGCCCCGACACAACCACUACUGCUGAAUACUGCUGAUGUGUUUCUGGACUACGACACUGUCUGAAUAAUGGACACACACACACACACACCUACCUACUCAGCACCGCCAAUGUCUUUCUGGACUAUACACACACACACACACACACACACCUACUCAGCACCGCCAAUGUCUUUCUGGACUAUACACACACACACACACACACACACCCCAUCCCCUCACCCACUCUGUAUCUCAGUGUAUUGGACUCUAUUUCCCUGUAUUGAUCGGUCUGUGAUGUAUUUCAUGUAGUAUGUAACCUUUAUUUAACUAGGGCAAGUCAGUUAAGAACAAAUUCUUAUUUACAAUGACGGCCUACCCCGGUUGAUGCUGGGCCAAUUGUGCGCCGCCAUAUGGGACUCCCGAUCACGGCCGGUUGUGAUACAGCCCGGGAUUGAACCAGGGUCUGUAGUGAUGCCUCUAGCACUGAGAUGCAGUGCCUUAAGACCGCUGCGCCACUCGGGAGCAUGUAGCAUGUAGCAUGUAGCUUGUCGUCCAUAGACGUUAGUGCUACGGUCAGUAACCAACCUGAGACUCUAUUGUGUGUUGUCUCCCCCGAUGAUGUAUUUCCUGUGUGUCUCCAUCAUUUGUUUUGAAAUGUUAUUUAACCUUUACGUUUGACAGGGAGUCAGUGCUGAGACCAAGGUCUCUUUUCCAGAUGAACCCUGUAUAACACCACAAUACACAAUAAACACAUUAACCUACACAUUCAUAUACACAUUAUUACACAAAGAAAUACACAAAUAGACAAAUCACAAUCAUAAAAAUCAUAUUCUUCAGUGAAAAGGUCUAACAACUGUCUGAAAUGCCCUAGAGGCACCAAUUCCUCCAAUUUUAAAGUGUAUUAUAGAUUCUUCUAUAUGUAAACUGAAAGCCAAAUUAAAGGCUGAUUUACCUAAAAGUCUCUAGACACCAAAGAGAGUCUCCAAAGUUGAACGGGUUUGACAACUUGUCAUUUUAAAAUCUUAACGGCGAUGCUCGGUAAGUCAAAAAGAAAGUCAUAGAUGUGAUGUACGUGACUUUAAAAAGAGGUCCUACGUUUCGGUUCAGAAUACAGUGACGAGUAAUAAAACGGUCUCCUGUUUAUAAAAACGACACCCAGGGGUUUAAGACUAGAGGGAGCUGCACUUUGAUAAAUACUAUCACCAUAAUCAACUACAGGGUGAAAGGUUGACGACACAAUCUGCUUCCUGCUAGACCAGAGAGAGAAAACAUGUUUAUGUCAAAACGAGCCCACUUUAAAUCAUAGUUUCUUAAACCAGCUCAGUCGUACGUUUAUAAAAAAUAAAAAAAACGGAUAAAUCAUUGUAAAUCCAAAAGAGUAUUUGUAUACAAGGCCUCGUCCAUCUGAGACAAUCUUGCGAGAACUUGAAAACAAGUAUUUCAUUUUGUCUGUACUAAGCAUGCAUUUAAAAUCGAUAAGGGCUUCCUGAACAACUGCAAACUCGUCCUGUAGCUUUGUCACAGCCAUGGCAGCAGUCGGGGGAAUUGUAUAUAAUAGUAUCACAUAGAGGAAAUGUAAACAGAUUGACCAAUAGCAUUUAUAUAAAUAGUGAAUAGAACAGGUCCUAGUAUCGACCCUUGCGGAACACCUUUAUGUACAAAAAAAAAAAAUCUAUCACGAUGGCAUGAAUUCUGUCACUAAGAAACCAUUAACAGGCGUCAGAGCUCAGGCCUUACCGAGGACAACUUAUUCAAUUCAAUUAAAUAGCAUGAUCAAAGUCUACAAACAAAGCAGCACAUUUCAGUGUCUAAAGCAUUAACAACGAUCGUUAACAACUGAAGUGGUUGCUGUAAUAGUGCUAUGCCCCAGGCCUAAACCCUGAUUGGAUGUCCAGGCCUAAACCCCGAUUGGAUGUCCAGGCCUAAACCCUGAUUGGAUGUCCAGGCCUAAACCCUGAUUGGAUGCCCAGGCCUAAACCCUGAUUGGAUAUCCAGGCCUAAACCCUGAUUGGAUGCCCAGGCCUAAACCCUGAUUGGAUGCCCAGGCCUAAACCCUGAUUGGAUGCCCAGGCCUAAACCCUGAUUGGAUGCCCAGGCCUAAACCCUGGCCUAAACCCUGAUUGGAUGCCCAUGCCUAAACCCUGAUUGGAUGCCCAUGCCUAAACCCAGCAUGUAGUAGAUAUACAGCAUGUAUAUCUACUAACACAGCUGUUAGUUUAAACAACCAAUACGCUGUAGUCUGACUGACACAUCUAUACAGUAUGAACUGACACGUCCAUACAGUAUGUAUAUCUACUAACACAGCUGUUCUGACCAUAUACAGAAUACACUAUCAUCAUCAGAACAUUUCCCAGGACAUGGGCAGAAAGCUUCAAUUCCUGGUAAUCUAACUGCACUGUCCAAUUUACAGUAGCUAUUACUGUGAAAUAAUACCAUUCUAUUGUGUGAGGAGAGUUGCACAGUUAUGAAAUGUAUCAAUAAACCAAUUAGGCACAUUUGGGCAGACUUGAUACAACAUUUUGAACUGAAAUGCAAUGAUUCAUUGGAUCAGUCAACAACAACAAAAAUGUGCAUACACUGCUGCCAUCUAGUGGCCAAAAUCUAAUUUGCACCUAAACUGGAAUAAUACAUUGUGGCCUUUCUCUUGCAUUUCAAAGAUGAUGAAAAAAUGUAUUUAAACAAAAAAAAAAAAGUUUUUUUGUUUGUAUUAUCUUUUACCAGAUCUAAUGUGUUAUAUUCUCCUACAUUAGUUUCACAUUUCCACAAACUGCAAAGUGUUUCCUUUCAAAUGGUAUCAGGAAUAUCCUUGCUUCAGGUCCUGAGCUACAGGCAGUUAGAUUUGGGUAUGUCAUUUUAGGAGAACAUUUUUAAAAAGGGUGAGAUCCUUAUUAAGAAGUUAAAAGCCAUUAUGUAGGCCUACCAUAGAGAUAGAUAGAGAUCUCUAGAUGAAUAGAUGGCAUGCUAUACUGUCACAGAUACAAACAUGAGAUCUCUGUCCAUCUCUAUGAGGCCUACUGACAACUGUCUGUAUCUUACCUUGGUAAAGGACCAUCUAUUAUUUUGGAGAAGCCAUAGAGUAGAUGUUCUCUGGUGUCUAGGCUAGAGACAGGUUGUAAGAGUAGAUGUUGUCUUUGGUAGAGAACUAUACAGCCCUCUGAUAGGCCCAACUAUAUACAGCCCUCUGAUAGGCCCAACUAUAUACAGCCCUCUGAUAGGCCCAACUAUAUACAGCCCUCUGAUAGGCCCAACUAUAUACAGCCCUCUGAUAGGCCCAACUAUAUACAGCCCUCUGAUAGGCCCAACUAUAUACAGCCCUCUGAUAGGCCCAACUAUAUACAGCCCUCUGAUAGGCCCAACUAUAUACAGCCCUCUGAUAGGCCCAACUAUAUACAGCGCUCUGAUAGGCCCAACUAUAUACAGCCCUCUGAUAGGCCCAACUAUAUACAGCCCUCUGAUAGGCCCAACUAUAUACAGCCCUCUGAUAGGCCCAACUAUAUACAGCCCUCUGAUAGGCCCAACUAUAUACAGCCCUCUGAUAGGCCCAACUAUAUACAGCCCUCUGAUAGGCCCAACUAUAUACAGCCCUCUGAUAGGCCCAACUAUAUACAGCCCUCUGAUAGGCCCAACUAUAUACAGCCCUCUGAUAGGCCCAACUAUAUACAGCCCUCUGAUAGGCCCAACUAUAUUCAGCCCUCUGAUAGGCCCAACUAUAUUCAGCCCUCUGAUAGGCUUGUGGAUCAUUUCCAAUUGGGGGAACUCAGUCGGUGUCUCAACUUACUGUUGAGAGUUCAAAUGGUAGAAUACAUAAGGUGCAAUGUGUUUGUGCAUCAGCAGUUUUAGUCUUGUUGUCUCAGUCACUGACAGUCACUCAAUUAGCCCAUGUCUGCAACAAACAAACAAAAAAUACGAUUGGUAAAUGAGUCUAGCCAGCUAUCUAAACUUGUAGUAAUUAUGGUCUCAUUACCGACCGGGGGCCCCCCAUUAAUUUUGAUUGUCACUCUCACUCAGAUAUUAUAUUUAAAAAACUGCAAAUAUUUCUCUCCACCCUAUGGCAAACUGUGUGGAAUUGCAAGAGGUAUAUGAUGUUUAAUUUUAUGAACGUGGGAACACAGACCAGUGAGCCACUGCAGCCCCUCAUGAUGAGGUCAGAUUUGUAGUGAAUACAUAGAACCAGGAUAGGCUCUGUCUGGGAAACAUAGAACCAGGAUAGGCUCUGUCUGGGAAACAUAGAACCAGGAUAGGAUCUAUCUGGGAAACAUAGAACCAGGAUAGGCUCUGUCUGGGAAACAUAGAACCAGGAUAGGCUCUGUCUGGGAAACAUAGAACCAGGAUAGGCUCUGUCUGGGAAACAUAGAACCAGGAUAGGAUCUGUCUGGGAAACAUAGAACCAGGAUAGGCUCUGUCUGGGAAACAUAGAACCAGGAUAGGCUCUGUCUGGGAAACAUAGAACCAGGAUAGGCUCUGUCUGGGAAACAUAGAACCAGGAUAGGCUCUGUCUGGGAAACAUAGAACCAGGAUCUGUUUGGGAAACGUAGAACCAGGAGAGGCUCUGUCUGGGAAACAUAGAACCAGGAGAGGCUCUGUCUGGGAAACAUAGAACCGGGAGAGGCUCUGUCUGGGAAACAUAGAACCGGGAGAGGCUCUGUCUGGGAAACAUAAAACCAGGAUAAGCUCUGUCUGGGAAACAUAGAACCAGGAGAGGCUCUGUCUGGGAAACAUAAAACCAGGAUAGGCUCUGUCUGGGAAACAUAGAACCAGGAUCUGUUUGGGAAACGUAGAACCAGGAGAGGCUCUGUCUGGGAAACAUAGAACCAGUGUCACGCCCUGGCCUUAGUAUUCUUUGUUUUCUUUAUUAUUUUAGUUAGGUCAGGGUGUGACAUGGGGAAUGUUUGUGUUUUGUUGGUUUUGGGUGUUUUUUAUGGUAAAGGGGUUGUUGUAUAGUAUAUGGGUUUGUGUGGAGUACAGGUGUCUAGUGUUGUCUAUGUCAGAACGUUUGUAGCCUGUUGUAUGUGCACGACGUUUAUUAGCUUCACGAUCGUUUGUUGUUUUGUUAGUUUGUAUUAAGUGUUUCGUGUUUAUUUUUCGUCAUCUUUUAAAAUAAAAGAAGAUGGCUUACUUUCCAAA